GGCCACGGCGAUGCUCCCCGCUGGAGAAGCACCGCAGCCGGGCGCAGCGGCCUCCCUCGGUCCUGGGGUGACCGCUCUGCGGCUGGCAGGGAGCUGGAGGAAGCUGGAAGGGCUCCGUUCUGCCGCAGCAGGUUCCUGAAGGCGCACAGUGAAAACGUACCUGGAAGGCGGUGGUGCCAGGCGUCGGGAAGCGCUGUGCAGACAGCGAGCAGCACUGCGGGAAGCGCUGCCCGCGCACGGUCCAGCUCAGCUCUGAGGAAAGUGGCACAACUAGAAAGCAAAAUCAUGAAUCGGAAAAAGCAGAUGGAAUUGCAAAACACUGACUUGGGCCAGAAGGCUUUGGAUGAAGAGUCCUCCUCCUCUGCUUCCAGUCACGAACACAGUGCAAGGGGCAAGAAAUAUCUGAAGAAUUAUGCUACCCCCAGUGGAAAUAAAAACCUUAGUAAUGCCUGUUCUAAGGAAGAGGAAAGCACCCAAAGCCCUCAGAAGAAUGUUAUGGUUAAACAACAGCUUGGUUUGGAUAGUGAGGAAGAGGAAAUAAGAGAAUUGAUGGAGAGCUCUUUGGAGUUUUCCAGUGGAAACAAGAAUCGGAAGGUUGUUGAAAGUCAUUCAGAAUGGGGUGGAAAGAGUAAGGCUCCAGUUUUGUCAGCGAUGCCUCCUCCAUCUCAUAAGGAAAUUUCACCAACAGAAGUACCUAAAGCAUCUUCUUCUCAUAGCAAAGACUUGGAGAAAGAUGUUUACAGUAGAGUUAAUACACCAACACCUUCAGCAGCCAGCAGAAACCUGUCAGGAUGGGGUAAUAUGAGAUCUCAGUCACUGUUGUCUUCUGUGAAAGACAAUACUGUAAAGAUCACUCUGCCUACAACAGGCAACACCAAGAAAAGCCAAAUAUCACUUGAAAGUGACAGAAGUGAAAUAAAAUCAUUAGAUGAAUUGUUUCCAAAAGCAGAUGAUGCAGAAGAUUCAACCAGCAGCAGCUCAAGUGACUUCAAACUGAAUAUCCUGAGCCUUGAUGAUUUGGCACCAAAUAUCACCAGUGAGACAGCAGAAUUAAAGCAGAAAGGAACAGACAUUCAAAUUACUCAAGAAUCAAACAGAAAUCCAAAAAAAGAUGCAUUCCUGGUGGAAAAAGACCAAACUUCUCUUAAAAUGCCUAGUGCAGUAACCAGUGUGAAUGAUGCUUCUGAAGGGGAUAUUGAAAAAACUGUGACUGAAGCAGAAAUCUCUGAGCAUUUAAGUGGAGCUGCUGCAGAUUUUCCUAGACACAAGCAGGAUUAUCUUGAUCAUGAUGAGAGAACUGUUAAUUCAGAAUAUUCUGAAGACUUUGAAACGUCUCUGUCUACAACAGACAAUAAAUCUGCAUGCAAAAUGUCAGAGGAACAUUCUGAGAACUGCAGGCAUUCUGGAAAACACCCAUCUUCAGCAUCAUCACCUUUAUGUACCAGAGAGCGGCAUGACCAGGUACACAGAGUAACCGUUAAAGAAACUGCAGUUCAGACAGUGGAUCUGCCAUUCACCUAUUGCUGGUCCAAGACAAACGCCACUGCAGUACUCGACCCACCCGUAGGAAACAGCUACAUUGAUCCAGUGCCGAUUGCCAGUCACGUCAUCAGCAUGGACGCAGUAGAAGCCUUGACAGCAUACAGCCCCUCAGUUCUUGUUUUAAACAACAUGUUGAAACAGCACCUGAUGUUGACUCAGCAGUUUGUAAAGAACAUUCACCACCUUCACUUCUCCCUUGUGGAGUCCUUAGAGAGUGAGAAGUUCCACUACCAUACCUUGGAAGAGGCUAAAGAGUACAUCAAGAAUCACAAAUCCCCACCUCUAACAAUUGAGCAAGCACGUGAAGAAAUUCGGAAAGCACAGGAGGAAAAACUGCUUUGGCUCUGA